AUGGCUGGAUCGAGCUCAUCCAGAGGGAUCAGCCUGAGCCGGUCUGAAUCGAAAGUGAGAUGCAGAAAGGAGUCAGUGGGGAUGAGGACGGCAGCGGUUCAUCGGAGGAGGAGAGGGACAGGAAAUGGAGCGGGAUUGGGAAGAGAAGGUCUCAGUGCGAGUGGGAAUACUGUUCGCCAGCAGCCUGAGGAAGGGCCCUUCGCAAGUCUGGCAAUCAGCAAAGGAGUUUUAUUCGUGGCUGGAGCAAAUGUCAGUGGUGGUGCGCUAUUUGAAUUGAAGAAUUCUUGCACUUCACUCCAGCUGAAGGGUUGGACGCAGAGUCGCUUCUUAAAAGCAUUGAACAGACACUCGCCCGGCCGGUGUGUUAUUGAUGAGAACGCGUGUCCGGGUCAGUGUCGGUCCUCAUGCGAACCGAGUUUCUCUCGCCUCAGACGCGUCAAAAACUACUUCAGGAACAGCAGCGGCGAUGCUCGGAACAGCAACUUGGCUCUGUUGGCCAUAAACAGCCGGAGGACCAGGCACUUGACAUCCAGAAAAUCAUUGAUCACAACAACAGGCGGAUUGCGCUUCUCUGAAAACAUUCAUGUUCACCGUGCAGCCACAAUCUUUGGGUUGAAAGAGGUCGGCGAAGAGGAGCAAUGGACAUUGUACUGGUCGGACAAUUUCGUGUCAUGGGAUAAAGCCAUGUCACUAAAGCGGUACCAGAAAAUGAAUUACUUUCUUGGGAUGCACGAAAUCUGUAUGAAGGAUUUGCUGGUCAUGAACUUAAAUCGCAUGCUAAGGCAAUUCCCAGAAGAUUACAACAUCUUCCCAAAAAGCUGGCGUUUACCAUCUGAAUAUCUUGAUUUUGCGGCCUACUAUGAAGCUGAGAAACCCAAGACCUUCAUCUGCAAGCCAAAUCCUGAAUAUGACUGGCGCAGCAUCUUUUUGACCCAGGACAUCAGAGAUACGCAGUCCAGGAAGGACGCGAUCUGCCAGGUCUACAUUCCGAAGCCCUUCACUUUGGAUGGUUUCAAGUUUAACCUCAGGCUCUACGUCUUGGUUACUUCCUGUGACCCUCUACGGAUAUACCUCUACAAUGAGGGCCUGGUCUGCUUUGCCACUAAAAAGUAUUCCGAACCGACCGAAAAGAAUUUAGAUGACGUCCGCAAGCACCUCACCAAUUACGCCAUCAACAAGCGUAUGAUGAACGUUGUCCCGGAUGAAAAGAAAGGCAGUAAAAGAAAGCUGUCUUUCUUUAACCAGUACAUGGAGAGCAAUGCCUAUGACCUGGAGGUGCUGUGGAGCAGUAUUGAAGACGUGAUCAUCAAAACCAUUCUGUCUGUGUAUCCGGCCCUGAGGAACACCUACCUCACCUGCUUCCCAAAUCACGGGUCUGGGAGUGCUUGCUUUCAGCUCCUCGGCUUUGACAUCCUGCUGGACCACACCUUGAAACCCUGGCUGAUGAAGGUUAAGCAUUCCCUGAGCUCUGUGAUGGACUCCAAUCUUGAUCAAGAGGUGAAGGAGGAUCUUCUUUAUGAUACACUCUGCAUGAUUAACCUUGCAGCUUGUGGCCGGCAGAAAGACAUGGAGGAAGAGAGGCCGCGAAAGAAGGAACAGCUGCCUAAGAUCUGGUGGUCGCGGGACUACAGAGCUGACGAGACACGAAACAACCAGGCUACCUGGGUGGAACAGGUGGAGAAGUACGAAGACGAAAACAUGGGGAACUUCAAAAGGAUCUACCCGAGCUCCACUUCAGAGAAAUACAAGAAGUUCUUGGAAACAGUUGACUCCAAGGCUCGGGAAGAAUAUGUCAGGCAGAUGCACGGGGAAAUUCAGCAGAGUCAGGAGCAGAAGGAAAUGCUCCUCAAAGAACGGGGGUUCCCUGAAGAGAACCUGCAAGAAGAGUCCCAGUUGCAGGAGAAUCCGACCCUGUUGAUCUUGGUGUCACCAGAAGGACUGCAGACGUCAUCAUCCUCCACUCCUACCAGCCAAGUGCUAGGAAUUGUCUCCAGCCCAAGCCAGCGAGCAGGCGGCUGGGAGGAGAAGAAUGUGGGCCACAGCUGUGAAUUGUCUCCAGGCAGAGCAGAUGUUGAGCCAGAGCUGGUUUCUGAACAGAAGGCCGAUGGCACAGAACACUGCUCGCUGCUCCAGAACCAAUCCCAAGCAGAGCAGAAAGAACCAGGCCAGAAGCAGGAGCAGACAGAGGUUCCAUCGGAGAUCCCUGCUGAAGCACAAGAGGGAAAUGCUGUGAGUGAGGCAGUGAACCAACCGGAGGCCAAUGUGCAGAAGUUCCAACAGCAGGCCCAAGUCCCAGAUAAACAAGAGGCCGAAGACGGGGAUCAGCAGCAGGUUCAAGAUCUGGUCCCACUGGAGCCCCAAGCUGUGAAAGAGGCCAAAGACCUGGCACAGCAGGAGACGGGAGAUGAAUACCCACCUCUACUGAAUACCCAGUCGGAGAUCUUCGAGGAGCUUGACCAGAAGAGCACAGUUGUUGGGGAGGAAACCGAACCAGCGGACGCGUGCAGCACGCUGCCAGCCGAAAGCACAGAGCAGAAUGGGAGCUCGAGGCAAUUCCUCCCUGAGGUCCAGAGUCAGCCCAGGAACCAAGGUGGCCUCGAGGCCCAGGCGUUCCCCCAAGAGGGGCAAAAGGCCACAAGAGAGACGCUGAGCGCAACGGGCAACCCGCAUGCCGCCUCGAAGGCCAUCAAGAAGUUGUCUAAGGUCCUGAAACGCAACCGCAGCCAAGUGGGCCUGGCAAGCAAUGUGAAUUGUUCCGGACAGACUGAUGCUGCAGGGCACGCUAAUGUCACUGAGGAGAUUUCAAAUGCACCUCGGGAUCAGCGUGAUUCCUGUUGCAACUGCUGGGGUUACAACAGGAUCUGCUGCAGGAGCUGGUUACGGGACAGUGCCGUGGAACGCGACUGCAGGAACCCGCCUGAGCACCAGCAGAAUCAAGUUGCCGAGAGGUUUCCCACCGCGUCUGCCUAUCCCGAGAGGGUGACCGAGGACAGGAGCGGAGGGAAGCUGUGCGUGUCCUCCGAGCCCCCAGCUUUGCACCUCCGUGGCUCUACCUGUUCCACAAAACACAGGAUUAGACAAAGCGACCUCAACAGUCAUGGCAGGAACACUGCUCAGCACUGCGGGCCCUGCUGUCUGCUCUGAAUCAGCCGUAGAAGUAAGGCUACAUCUGUGGUGGUCGCCAAUACAAAAGUAAAUUUUUCUCACUAACAACCCUAUGGCUUCUAAGCAAACAACGUUACCUUACUUGCUUGAUAAUUAUAUUUUAUGAUAAUUAGUGAGCACAACCAUGCAAUACUUUGUCAUAUUAUUAAAUUAAGUAUUAUAUGUUUUAUUGUACCAGUUAUACACUGAAGUGUAGUGAUAGGCUAUAAUCUUGUUAAUGUCGUAACUAUCACUAUAUUUCUGUGGAGCUUGGGAAUUCGUGUAUUUCUUUCAUCUUGGUUCAGUGCCUGACAUUAUAAGAAGCCCUAUUCACAUAUAUAUGUCACACCCAAUUUGUGUACCUGCUCAAGGCGAGUGAAGAGGACGGACGAGUGCGGGAGCGGUCGGCGAUUCCGGGAUGGCGGAUACCGGAAUUCGACGGUUCGGAGGUUGUUGGAGGUUCGGAGGUCGUUUGUGGACGGAUCGGGGAGGUGUGAGCUCCGACGACUUAAUCUGGUGCACAAAACUGACAAAUUUACUGAGUGGCACCUUUGUUUUUUUUGUGUCCACUAGCCACACCACAAAAAGAGUUAUAAAGUGUAACUUAACUGUACAUUGUGUAUUGUCUGAUAUUUUACAGUGUGGGCUUGUAUCGGGGUGCAUUACGUAGCGUCUACGCAAACGUGAGUACACAGUUUGGUAGGGCCUACGGCAGUUCCCCUGGACGGACGUGAGUUGAUCGAGCCGAGCGUUACAUAUCUAUCCAGCUAGGGUGCCUGAGACUUUUGCACACAGCGCUGUAUUUGUCAACAUGGAGCAGAGAGCGAGCUUGUAAAUCUGGCAGGAGCAAAGAAUGUUGGGAAUGGCGAGGGUGGAGCACCGCGGGAGGGGUGUGGGACAGGUGGCAGAGGAGGAGUGCCAAUGCACUUGGAUGGCAUGGUUGCAGACACACCCAGCCCUGAGACACCAGGCAAGGCCAUUUGAUUCCAAACAAUUGGUUUAUUGGUCAUUACAGAUGUCUCUCUGGUGCUUCCCACUCACUGCCUCUCCCUUCCCCUAUUCCCAACCAUGAUCCCCCCUCUCCCAGUCCACAAUAGAGACCCACAUCAGAAUCAGGUUGAUCAUCACUCACGUACGUAAUGAAAUUUGUAUUUUUUUUUGCAGCAGUACAGUGUAAUCCAUAAAAUCACUACAGCACUGUGCAAAAGUCUUUGGCACGCUAUUUAUAUAUAUGUUUGUGUGUGUGUGUCUGUCCCUAAGAAUUUGGCACAGUACUGUACAUACUUUGAUAGAAAAUUUUUCAAAGUUCCAAGUUCAAAGUAAACUUUCACUUUUCAUCUUGCAGGCAGUAACAGUCCACGUUGGCAAUGAUCUGCAGAAAAACCGCUUCAGCCGUUUCUAGGAGAUUCAACGCCUCUACAGUGCACUGAUGCCCCUGUCCACUUAUGCUCCAGCCUCUUCCGUCUUGGACAUGAUACGACGCCGCUUAAAUUUGAGAAGAAAUCAUUUUAUAACUUACUAAUCUACUGAGUGGAAAUUUUAGUCCUUAACUUCCUACUUUUUGUAAAUGUAUCUGUUUCCAAAACGUAUUAAAUAUAUUUAAAGCUUGCA